AUGCCGGCGGUGAGUGACACCGGAGGAGGCCCGGGCCACCUCUGCACCGAGCGAGGGGGCGGGAGGGCGUAUGGUCCUUCGGGGUCAGCGGGCUUGGCUGGUCCGAGUGCUCGCCCCGUGGGCGCGGAGUCUGCACGUUCGCCCGGUCCUGGGCUGCCCCUUGAGCGCUUCCACCUCGUUAGAAAAACGAAGGUCCCUCGCGGUCUGCUACGGAAGAUGGCCCGUGAGAAGGCCCAGGAUGCUUUGUGGCCUGGCAAAGAGCCAAAGAAACAGGUUAUCAGAGAAGCUGAAGAACAGCCGGGCGCUUUGCCUUCUUUAGUUCAGGUGGUCCUGGAAGACCUCCCUGAAAAGGUGAUAUUCACAGUGAGAUCUGAGGGGACCGGCCAUGUGGACAGUGGUGGAAAGCAGCAGUCUAGGCCGAAGAUAGCCAGUGCAAAGGCCCUGAGUAUCCCCAGACAGAGAACCUUGAAAUGUACUCAGCAAUUCUUUAUAGAUGGCCUCAAAGAAGAUGAGCCUUUGCUAAUUCAGCAGAGACUGAUCCCCAAGAUGGAUUCCUGGUUUGAAAGAACGACAGCAUUUCUGACCACGGAAGAGCUAGCCUGAGACUCAUUGCUGACUACUGUUACAGAAGACUUCUUGGACACUGCUUUGAUUAUUUCCAGGAGUAGUAGUAAAGGGAAAAUUCAGAUGUUGGAUUCCUUCAUACUUAGCUUAGGACUCCUGGUGACAGAAAACACUGUAAAUCUUUGGAUUCAACAGGAGGCUCUCAGGACUUUGAACUUAAUUCUGUGUGCUGUGCCUCGGGAACAGAGGAAAAAACUCCCUUUGUCAGAAGGCGCAUGUCGUCUUAUGAAAGAACUUGCAAGGACAAUCUUGACUGUGGGUGAUUAUGACCAGCAGGUGACUAUUUCUGAAGCACUGUGUAGACUGACGACUAAAAAGUCAAGAGAUGACCUGGCUCAUCAGUGGUUUGAGGAUGAUGUCAUUGCUGAGGCUUUCAAAGAAAUUAAGGAUUGAGACGGUGAGAUUCCUGGUCAUAAAAAUUUCUGUUCAGACUGUAGAUGGUUUCUCAAUGACCUAAACAAUAGACUUGGUGACCAAAGAAGGAUCUAUUCAUUUCCCUGUGUUGCUGCUUUUGCUGACGAGCAUGAGAUGAGAAAACCAGGAGAUGAAAAAUUAGAGAAUGUUUGGAUUGAUUUCAACCUAGGAAGUCAGAGUGUAACUUUUUAUAUAGACAAUGCUGAGGGCCUUCUGUGGGACUCAUUGAGACUUUUGAAGGAAGCAGUGGUUAAUUUCAGCAUAAUAGAAACUGAGAAAAUGAAGACAUUUAUCAUUUACCUGAAGAAGCCUAUUAUUAUCAGUAGCAAAGAAGUGACAAAAAUCGAAAUCCAUUUUGAUCUACAAUUCGACAUAUCACAUGCUUCCGUUCAAGCUUUAGGACAGGAUAAACAGAUGUUGUCUGACCAGAUGAAAAUCUCCCCAGAACGUUCCAGUAAGUUUGAGAAAGAGGACACUAAGAUUCCUAGUAGUCGUGAAAGAGAAAGAGAGCAGGCAGAAGAAUCCACCCUCCUGGCAGAGGACUUGAGUGCCGCAGAUGACCACUCCUUCAUAACCCUCUUGAAUGACCAGUCUGAGCCGCCCAGGUUACUUCAAAACAUGAGGACUCUUCAGAUUUACAAAAAUCGUUAGACACAAUUCAGACUCCUAAACUGGAUGAGGAAUGUAGGACAUUGCUGAGAGAAAUUAAGGAAGAUCUAAAUAAAUGGAGGCAUACUGUGCUCAUAGGAUGG